GUCAGCCGUCGAGAUCAGAGACGCCUACCUGCCAUCGUUGUGUUUAUACUGGCUGGUUGGUCUUCCUCAGGCUCGAUUCCGUGAUAAUAUUCGGUGAAAAGCGUGCCGAGUCACGCCUAACAGUGGCACAUUACAUGGUUUAAGAGGAAACUUUCCCAGAACCUGUAUCGUCGACAACGUCAAAAUGGCUUGGCGUUUCAAAGCGUCUAAGUAUAAAAAUGCAGCUCCGAUUGUCCCUAAACCGGAGGCUUGCAUUCGAGACAUUUCGGUUGGCUCGUACCAAACAUACGGCAACAACAUCACAGCAUCCGCUGCAUUUAUGGCAUUCAAUGUAGAUCAUAAUGGAUCUAGUCUCGCUGUGCUACCACUGGAAGAUUGCGGUAGAAAAAGCAAAACCAUGCCUCUGCUUCAUGCUCAUGCAGAUACUGUAACGGAUAUGGAUUUCUCUCCGUUUCACGAUGGUUUACUGGCUACUGGUUCGCAGGAUUGUCUCGUGAAGCUAUGGCACAUUCCAGAAACGGGUUUGGAAGAAUCUCUAUGCAAUCCCGAAUGUACAUUUUCCCAUCGCCAGAGAAGAGUGGAAGCAGUGUGUUGGCACCCUGCGGCAGAACACCUUCUCACAACAGUGUCCUAUACAAAUUUGUCUCUGUGGGACGUGAUUUCGCAACAGGAGCUCUUUUCCAAUAACGAACACACAGAGGUGAUCCAGUCCCUAAGCUGGAAACAAGACGGAGUGCUGUUAGCAACAUCUUGCAAAGACAAGCAAGUGAGAAUCAUAGAUCCCCGCGCCUCCACUUGCAUCGUGAACUCCUGUUCGAGUCACCAAAGCAUCAAAGAUUCCAGAAUUGUCUGGCUGAAUAACAGCGACAGGAUACUCACCACAGGAUUCGACGCGGCGAGACUUCGUCAGGUUUACAUAAGGGACUUGAGACACCUGAAGGAACCCGUGAAAACGUUGGAAUUGGAUUGCAGCACCGGAAUUCUAAUGCCUCUGUUUGAUCCCGACACGAACAUGCUUUUCCUUGCUGGAAAAGGAGACACUACUAUUAUAUAUAUGGAAGUGAUGGAUAAGGAUCCCUUCUUGGUCGAAGGAAUUCGUCAUAGCGGAGAGCAGACGAAAGGAGUAUGUUUAGUACCGAAACGAGCAUUGAACGUCAUGCAAGCCGAAGUUAAUAGAUUACUCCAGCUCACUUCGAACAUGGUGAUACCUAUCAUGUAUCAAGUUCCGAGAAAAACGUACAGAGACUUUCAUGCGGAUAUAUAUCCAGACACGACAGGCUGCAUUGCGCAGAAUAACGCAGCAGCAUGGAUUAAAGGUCAUAAUAUACCUGUUCCGAAAAUAUCGUUAGAUCCCGCCAAGAGAAAUAAGGGGGAAGACCCUAUCACGGUACACAAAGGAAACUUAACGACGCUCAAAGAGAAUGAGCGAGAAAUAAAAGUGGAACAGAAGCAGUCGAAGCCCAUGUCCAUAGCUGUACCAAAGGGCUACGGGAAAGGUCAAGCGAACGAGAAGGAAUCCUCGCCCGAAAACGAACCGGAGAAGAUAGAAGAGUCGAAGAAGCCAGACGUCGACGAAGAGAAGUGCAAAGUUCAGAACGGAGGACAGAUUCCACCGAAGCCUUUGCCUAGAACCUCAAGAACCAACAGCAUUUCAGAGGACGAACCGAAACCAGUUGCGAGGCCUCGCACUUCGCCAAAUCCCGGCUCAGUAGUUACGUCUGUGAACCCUAACGCGAUCGGGGGAUACAAGCCUCGACUGGGCCCAAAGCCGUUCCAAGCAAAGUCUGGCAGCCAAGAGUUCUCCUUCGACAAGAUCUUCUCGGUUCCAAUCGCACCAAACAGCGACACCAAUGGCUACCAAAACGACCUGAACAACCAGAUGGAAAACAACGCGGAGCCAGAGAAGUCGCCGUCCUUCAAUAACGAACGUAUCAAGGAGGCCGAAAAUGGGAAAAGCGACUCCAGUUCUUUGGAGGAGGACGCUAAUUCCAGCGAUUCUGGGUACAAGCCGAAGACACCGAGCACCGCUGAAAGACGCAGAGUGUUCGAGACGAAGGUCAAGGACGAGUCGCCGGAGAACGAAGAACUCGGAAAUUUCGAGCGCGGCAACGCGAAUAGAAACUCGAUCGCCGAGAGGAGACGGCUUUACGAAAGUCGUUCCGUUUCUGUGACCGAUGGAAACCUGGCGGAGAAGGCGAUGGGAUCGCCGACCAUGCUCAGACGAAGAGAUUCGUUCAAAACGAAGAGCGAGGUGAUCAAGGAAGACGAAGUGAAGAAGGUCAUUCCCAUGUUGCGUCAGCAGAGCAUGGAUCCACGUUUGGAGAAAGUGGACACUGUCACGCCGACUGCUAAAAGAACGUCGACUGUAUUUGGUAGGGUAUCAAAGUUCAGACACUUAAAAGGAACCAUUGGUCACAAAUCCACCCACAUCGAGAACAUACGGAACAUCAGUCGGCAGAUAUCAGGGGAAUGCGAUGGUUUUCAUGCUAAUCCCGACCGUGUCGCUGUACCGCUGAGCGGACCCGGUGGAAAAAUAGCAGUUUUGGAACUGAAGAAAACAGGAAGGCUGCCUGAUGGUGUAAUGCCAGCGUUGGUGCACGGCACCACGGUGAUGGACUUCCAGUGGAAUCCAUUUGACAAUCAGCAAUUGGCUGUUGCCUGCGACGAUGGAAUGAUCAGACUAUGGGAGAUCCCGGAAUCGGGACUCUCGGAGCCGACCAACGAACCAAAGCACGUGAUAAACGCCCACACCGACAAAAUAUACUUAAUCAAAUUUCAUCCUUUGGCAUCCGACGUUCUGGCAUCGGCGUCUUACGACAUGACCGUGAAAAUCUGGGACCUGACGCUUCUGUGGUCCUGCGAGGUGGCGGUCGCUAAAAUAACAUUGACAGGGCACACGGAUCAGAUCUUCAGUCUAGCGUGGUCGCCCUGCGGCCAGUAUCUCGCGAGCGCGUGCAAGGACGGCAAGCUACGGAUUUACAAACCGCGAUCCAGCGACACGCCGGUGAAGACCGGGAAGGGACCCGUUGGCACGCGGGGCGCGCGAGUCGUUUGGGCGCUGAAGGGCCAGUUUCUCGUCGUGAUGGGAUUCGACAAAGUAUCCGAGAGGCAGAUAUACGUGUUCAAAGCGGACAAUCUAAACAAUCCUUUGACUACCGUUGGGCUGGAUGUAUCGCCUGCAAUAUUGAUGCCAUAUUACGACGAAGACAGCUCGACGCUCUUCCUGACGGGACGUGGCGAUAUCACGAUAUAUGCCUACGAAGUGACGGAAGAAGCUCCUUAUUGCUGUCCGCUUAGUCAUCACCGAUGCAGUGGUUUGCAUCAAGGUUUAUCGUUUCUCCCCAAGAACAAGUGCGACGUCGCCAGCGUGGAGUUCGCGUCCGCUUUAAGAUUAACUAACAACACAAUAGAACCCUUAAGCUUCACUGUCCCGCGUAUAAAGAGCGAACUCUUCCAGGACGACUUAUUCCCGCCUACGAAGGUCACAUGGAAACCAACAAUGACCGCUACCGAGUGGUUCAGCGGAGCCAACAAACAAGCCUACAGAAUAAGCCUAAAGCCACCCGGUAUGGACAACCUGUCUGAAAAUCAAGGCCAAGGAGUGGUCACCGCACCGGUCGCGGCGAAACAGUCGACGACCCCGUUCUCUGUGUCCGCGCAGCCCUUCAGCAGACUCGGAUGGAACCCGGACGUGAAAGCCAAACAAGAAGAGAUCCAAAAAACCAUGAGCAACUUCGUGGGGGAUGUAAUACAGUGCUCUCUGGAACAAGAUCACAUGGAGGGUGUGGAAGAGCACGAAUGGGACGAGUGAAGGUCGCGCAGCGUCGGUAGGUCAUUGAAAUAAAGCAGUAAGAUAAAGAUGAAUUUAAACGUAGCUGUUCGAACCGUAAUUUAUUUCUAAGUUAAAGGCCACGGCAUGAACGGAAACAUUUCGAUAUUAAUAUGUACGUGGUAAGAGAUAUUUAUAGUUGGAAAUGAACACUUCCAAGAAAAGUUUCCCCCUCGGACAAGAACUAACGCGCGGUUUCUUAAAUUGUGGUAACUUUUUUAACGUAGGUAUAAUCACUCAGAUCAUCGUACCAAAUUAAUUUAAGGAACGGACGCGGAACGCUAAAGAAAUUUCGAAGAGAAAGGGAAACCGUGCUCGCGGUUCGUAAUUCGUGAAUAAUUUACGUUGAUUGCCAUUCUAUAAUUCGCUCGGUAUUAAGACUAUAUAGUAUAACUAUCAAUAGGAGCUGUACUAGAGAUUUAGAGUUUACUGAUAUCCAUGGAAACCUAUCAGAAUUUGACAAUAGUUUUGAUUACGUGAUCAAGGAGUGUCAUGAUUCUUUUAAGCGGCUAAGUAAUUCCAAUUCGGUAGUACUGCGUAAGAAUCUCUGCUGAUCGGGGCGAAACGAAUUUAACGAACGAUUUCGUUUCUUUAUUUGUAAGACAAAUAAUUUGUUUCGAGAUGUAUUAUUUAUUUUGUAGAGGUAUGCAAAGGGUACGUGCCAUUUAUGAUCAUGGAAACACAGAAAAAUUUAGCGUAUUGUUAAUCGGAAUUGGGCAUUGUUUGAACGUACAUAAUUUAUAGUCAGUAUUUUUUUACUAUUUUCUUCGAUACUCUUCCUUCUCCAAAGUAAAAGAUUAACAUUUUCGUAAAAAUAAACAUUUCUCUAUAUUUGUUACAUUUCAGAUAAAUUUAUGGGAUAUUCGAACAAGCAUUGCCCUCUUUUACUGUUAAACAACAGUAUUUACGAUCCGUAAAAAUUAGUCUUGAAAUAUUAUAUAAUUUAUAUAUAAUAUAUAUAUAUAUAUAUAUAUUAUAUAUAUAUCUGUUAGUGCCACGUAUCUUUUUUUAAACAACAGAGCAUCACCAAUGAUAGUCUCAGUGUAUACAUUAUCGUAUUGUAAUCAUCGUACGUGUGAUAUUUGCGAACGAUACUUUCUUUCUUUUUUUUUCGUAAAACAAGAAUAGAAAUUUCUACGAUACCUCGUAAUACCCACACGCACAUACUAUACGAGAUAGAAAAAAACAAUAGAUAAAGGGUACACCACGUUACAUGGUAAGUCGAUAAAUUAAGUUGUACGGCGAAGUAUACAGGAAAACGACUGACUCGGGCUUUCCAAGAUCUAUAAACGAUAUCGAAUAAUAGCUCUCUCGAGUGUAGCGAAUAAAACAACUUUUAUACUCUUUAAAUUGCGCGGAGACAUUUGUAAAAAAGAAAAAACACAGCAACGUUGAGGAUUCACCGAAUGUAUCAUAAAACGUGAAACGUGUCUUUUCUUUUCUUUCUUUUUUUCUUCCUUUCUUUUUUUUUAAAUUUUUGUAACCAUCGUGCGUCUGUGAUCGGAACGUUGAAACGCAAAUUCCAUGUUUAUCGAUGGCCAGCGAACAAGGAAGAAUCGAAAGAUUCAAAGAUGCAUAUUUUUUCUAUCUAAUAUACUAUAAAUUUAUACUUUUAGCGUUCCCAUAGGGACUAAGCGUAACUUAGCGAUGAUUUAAUAGUUAACGAUGGUUUACGAUGUCCCCUCAAAUUGUUCGUUUGUAAUAUUUUCCAGGGACGUCGUCGGCGUUUAGACGAAACGAGUGUUCGGUCGAAGCGAUUUUGUACAAAUGCAUUUUACUCGAUUUAGGUAGACUAUUUUUUUAACGGUGUGUAACAUAGUCUAAUCGAUAGUUUCCUCGUUACUACUAAGAAUACGCUGGUGGUUCCUACUUCUACGAUUGAGAGCAACUUUUGUACGAAUACACGGUUCCCUCCAGUUUAGUAUGAAUUCCGGACGCGUCCCAUCCGUGAGCAUGGAAUUUGCUGCUCGAUAGGCGAAUCACGCACACUUUAUACUUUUAUAUUCCAAACGUCGUAACAUGUUCGUCGUAUGUAAAGAGAAAAUGAAAUUGAACUUAUGGUGCUAUGCUCUUUUGACAAGCCCUAGCGAGUACGUAGUUACCGAUGAAAGUACGAUCGCGCAGUUUGCUCAACAGUCCAAAGUAACAUUCCACUUUUGUAUUUUGCAGAGUUGGCCCACUAAUCGAUUAAGUAUCGAAUAAAUUUGUAGCGUCUUGGGCACUAGUACUAAACUUUAUUUGUUACAAGACCGUGUUUCAACGAUAACGAUUUAUGAUAUAAUGAUACAAUGAAAGUGAAUUGUACAGAAUUAAUAUGAAUAUUAGGUGAACUGGAAAGUAAUGUCGUUAUUGUAAUGUUAAAUACUUGUUUAUCACUCAUCAGCUCGUUAAUUUUUAUCAAUCUGGCAUUGAAAAUUUUGCACACCUGAUGGCAAAAGGCUGGUAAUAACGAGGGCGAUCACAUAAUUGAUUAAAAAUAGAAAUUUAUUAAACAUUUGUUUGAAUUUAAUGUAAAAGAAACGACAUUACUUUCCAGUCUACCUAAUAUAAUUAAAUACAACAUUUCAAUGUCUGUAUCAUAUUUAUUAUUUUGGUACAAUUAAUUCUCAUUAAAAAUAGAAAUUUAUUAAACAUUUGUUUGAAUUUAAUGUAAAAGAAACGACAUUACUUUCCAGUCUAUCUAAUAUAAUUAAAUACAACGUUUCAAUGUCUGUAUCAUAUUUAUUAUUUUAGUAAAAUUAAUUCUCAUUGUACUGGUAAACACCCAAACGUCUUGUAAUAGAUAAAGUUUUAUUUUUUGCGUGCAGAGACGUUAAUUUAUUCGAUAACUUAAUGAAAGUUUGGCCAACGAUGCUCGUGGGCACAGAAUCGUAAGCUACAAGGAGGUGCCAAAGAGUUUCAUGACGAUUGAGACGAAAAGCUCAUGGAUUAAGUUCCCUGUACGAUGAGCCCGACACCUCGAAAGCACUACAUUCAGAAAGUCGUGCAUAUUUUCUCUACGCUGAUCAUACGUUUUUGUAAUGUUUUAGAACCAUAAGGUUACCUUCGCAUAGGUCACGAGUACCGACUAAACUUUUAUACGCAUCAAAGAGUAGAAAGAUGAAACAAAGAGGAACAAGGUAAUACUUCGCUACGAAAAGGAACAAAAAUUAAUAAUAUAGCUGCAUAUUCGCAUCGUCCGCACUAUAAUUCACAUUUGUAUGUCUAGCUAAUUAUUCAUCGGGUAUUCUAGAACUGAGAAACAUCGUUGUUGCAUAUUUUAUCAGCCUUUUGUUUCUUUUCUAAUCCUGUUUUCCUCUCUCGUACAUGGUCGAAAGUUAUCGUAUGCAUAGUGUUAUGCAAAUAUUCUGAAGAGCUAUCAUAAGUUGCGAGAAAUACAAUGUACAUGUACAUGUACACGUUUUCUGGUUUUGUAGUAUUGAUUUUUCUUUUCUAUUCGUCUAUCGAAGCAAUAGACGAAAGUAAACGAAAGGUAGAUGAUCUCUGAAUAAAAAUAAUUGUAACUUAUGAUACUUCUUAAGGAUUCUAUAUCGCGUGUAACACUUUACGCUGUGAGUUUUGUCUUGAAUUGCAACAGUAGAUUUGUAAUCAUUCCCCUGAUAAUUAUCACGCGAUCUUUCGUAGCACACGACUCGAAAGCGGUGGACGUAAUCUCAAUUGCAACAAGAAGUUUCUUAGUGUUCAAUAUUGCGCUAUGACUGAUCGCUAAGUAAUUUUAUCAUGUAAUAACAUACCUUUGUAUCGACCUUAUACCUCUUACAUGUAUUUCACCUAUAAAAACUUUUUAUCAAAGAU